CAAAUCUCACAUAAAAGGCAGUCCAAGGUCAGGUUUCCGUAGUUCUUUUACGAGUCAAAUAAAGCCACUCAGUUGUUCCAACAGCACAAUCCAGACCUUUACCAGCAAACAUGGGUUCUCUCGGCAGCAAUGACAAGCUCAUACUCUACACCAAUCACACGUGCACCUGGGCCAACCGCGCCAAUGUCGCCCUCUCAGAACUAGGCAUCCCCUUCGAAGAACGCAUCAUCAACGUCGACGGCCCUCGCCCCCCGUCCUUCCUAAAACUAAAUCCUCGCGGUCUGGUACCAGUGCUCAUUUUCAACGACGAAGUCAUCAUUGAGUCAGCCAUCGUAUGCCAGUUCCUCGCAGACCUCCACCCCUCGUCGCACCUAUGCCCUCCACCCACCACGACCGAAGGGGCAUUGCGCCGCGCGAAGAUCAGUUUCUUCACCGACGCUUAUUGGACCAAGUUUCACACCCACCUAUUUCGCCUGUUCGAGGCCCCAAUGGCCGAUGACGAGGAGGCAGUUAUCCGGGAUGCCGUUGCCGGUAUAGUCAACGAAGUUGAGCCGCUGUUGGCGGACGCGAAGCCCUUUUUUGGGGGCAGUGACAAACUGACUUUAGCUGAGGUCAUCAUGGGCCCCUUCGUGAUCCGCGCUGUAACGCUGUCCAAGCAUGGGGUUUACCCAACUAGUCUGAAUGCGCAGAUCGAGGCCCAGACGCCCAAUUUCUAUAAAUGGGCGACUGCUGUAUGUAGCCACCCCAGCAUCACUGCGGUAUUCGACGAGGAGGUCAUUGUGGCCCGAUCCCGAGCGAAGCGCACCCGGAUGAGGGUUGCAGCAGGGUUGGAACACGCCGAGUAGGGUAGGAUAGGGCAGGGUAGUACUGAAGAAUCGCUUAAGGUGCGUUGCAUGUGAUUGAUAAUUGGGGGCCGCGACUUUAGUUGAAAUACAAAGAAUGCAAGCAUGUGGUCACAGAACCAACACAUGGUGCUCUUGUGCGGCACGGGCGGUUGGACGAUUGGUCUCGUAUCAAGUUUGAUAGAAACCUAUGGCUAUUGGACAAACCAAAGCAAAGAAAAUAAAUGCAAUUCGCUUUUUUCUCUCCAGUCUAAUCUAUCCCGGCAUCUAUCCCGGCAUCUAUCACUCACCGGUAGCCAUGACCUCGAUCCAAGAUCUCGC